ACUUCAGCUGCGCUGAGGGUUGACAGUGCCACGUGUUAUUCAUUCAUAAAGUCUUAAAGAGUACCCGCCUGAACUCCUAGGCGGAGCCGGAGCCUCUCACUUAGAACAUGAGCAGUAAACAUGUCCUUCAGCCUAGAUUUUUCCAUGCACUCUCUACAUGCUCUGUUAAUCCUUCUCCAUUUGUUAAUAAACCAGAUUUGUUCUCCUACCCUCUUCGCCUUCUCUACAAAUGCAGAGACCUCAAAUCUCUUCUUCAAAUCCAUGGCCUCUUGGUCGUUUCAGGCCACAAACAAGACUAUGCAAUAACUACCCACCUCAUGAAUUCUCAAUCCUCUACAAACCCGACAGUAUUUUUGUACAAUUCCAUCAUAAGAGCUUAUACAAACGAAAAGAAGCACGAAGAAGCGCUCAAAAUGUACCAUGUGAUGUUAAAAGAAGGUUUUCAACCUGACAAGUAUACUUUUACUUUUGCUGUGAAAGCUUGCACGGGUGCUUUAGAUUUGCAAGAGGGUGUUUUGAUUCAUGAAAAUAUUUCACGCAGGGGUUUGGAAUGCGAUGUGUUUAUAGGGACUGGUCUUGUAGACAUGUAUGGUAAAUUGGGUGAUUUAGGGUCUUCAAGAAAGGUGUUUGAUAAAAUGCCUAAGAGGGAUGUUGCAGCUUGGAAUGUGAUGAUUGCAGGGUUGUCGCAAAAUGCUGAUCCUUUAGAGGCAUUGGGGUAUUUUAAGUGUAUGCAACAGUGCGAUAUACUGCCUGACUCCAUGAGCUUGAUGAACUUGAUACCAGCUGUUUCAAGAUUAGCGGAUGUUGAUAUAUGUAGGUUCCUUCACUGUUUUGUGAUCAAGAAAGGUUUUAAUGAGGUUUUGUCAGACGGUUUGAUUGACAUGUAUUCAAAAUGUCAGGAUGUAGAUGCAGCUCGCCAGGUUUUUGAUCGGCAGAGAAGAAACAAGGAUGUUUCAUGGGGAACAAUGAUGGCCGGGUAUGCACAUAAUGGAUAUUUCAUUGAAGUUUUGGAGCUGUUUGAUUGCAUGAAAAGAGAGAAGAUAAAGAUGAAAAAGGCUUCUUUAGUCAGUUCUCUUUUAGCUGCUUCUGAAUUGAGAGACAUAUCAAAAGGGAAAAACAUUCACGAAUGUGCAAUAGAACAAGGGAUCACAUUGGAUGUUUCAGUUGUUACUCCUAUCAUAACCAUGUUUGCAACAUGUGGGGAGUUAGAGAAAGCUAAAGCAUUACUUUGGGGUCUUCAAGAGAGGGAUUUGGUAACUUGGUCAGCGAUUAUAGCUGCUUCUGUUCAAUCAGGUUAUCCUGGAGAGGCACUGUCUCUAUUUCGGGAUAUGCAGAGUGAGCAUUGUAAACCAAAUGAGAUAACCAUAAGAAGCAUUCUUCCCGCUUGUACAGAACUGUCAUCCCUAAGAUUAGGUAAGAGUGUACACUGCUAUGCUGUUAAGGUCAAUCUUGAUUAUGAUACUUCAACCCUAACAGCCCUCGUGUCCAUGUAUGCUAAAUGCGGAUCCUUUACUGAGGCAGUAGUUCUAUUCAAUAGAAUGCCAUGUAAAGAUGUUGUGGCAUGGACUGUCUUGAUAAAUGGGUACGUCCAGAUGGGUGAUCCUUACAAUGCAAUUGACAUAUUUCGUAAAUUAAGCUUAUCAGAAGUACGACCCGAUAGAGGAACUAUGGUGGCUUUGCUUCCAGCAUGUACCCUGUUACAUGACCUAAAUCUGGGCUCUUGUGUCCAUGCUUUAAUAUUGAAGUGUGGAUUUGAUUUUGAUUCUCAUGUUAAAAAUGCUCUCCUUGACAUGUAUGUCAAAUGUGGAAGCAUUUCCUCUGCUGAAUUCAUGUUCAACUUCACCGAAUUUAAGAAAGAUGAGAUAUCUUGGAACACAAUGAUUGCAGGAUACUUGCUGAGUGGACUUGCCAAAUACGCUAUUUCAGCUUUUCACCAGAUGAAAUCAGAGAACGUGUGGCCUAAUGCAGUUACAAUGGUGAGUGUUCUGCCUGCAGUGGCAUAUUUGGCAGCCUUAGGAGAAGGCAUGGUAGUUCAUGCAUGUAUUUUUCGAUUUGGAUUUCAGGCCACUAGAGUUGUUGGGAAUAGUCUUAUCGAUAUGUAUGCUAAAUGCGGGAGGGUUGAUUACUCAGAGAAAUGUUUUGAUGAGUUGAAAAAUAAAGACACGGUUUCAUGGAAUGCAAUGAUUGCGGGGUAUGCAAUCCAUGGGCAAGGUGAUUCUGCUAUUGCACUUUUCUCACUUAUGCAAGAAAAUCAAGUUGGAGUCAAUCCUGUGUCCUUUCUUAGUGUGUUGUGCGCCUGUAAACAUGCAGGCUUAAUAGAAGAAGGGAAGGAAGUGUUUGAUUCCAUGUGCAGAAAGCACCAUCUCAUACCAGAUUUGGAACACUACGCUUGCAUGGUGGAUUUGUUAGGCCGCUCUGGUUUAUUCGAUGAAAUAAUGGACUUAAUCAAGGGAAUGCCAAUGGAGCCUGAUGCUGGAGUUUGGGGAGCCUUACUAGGUGCAUGUAGGAUGCAUUCUAAUGUGCACUUAGCAGAAGUUGCUUUGAGUUAUUUAGUUAAACAUGAGCCUGGAAACCCUGCCCACUACGUGGUUUUAUCCAGUAUAUAUGCCCAUUCCGGAAGAUGGGAUGAUGCGUGGAAAACAAAGUUAAGAUUGAAUGAUAUGGGGCUCAAGAAAAGUCCCGGUUGUAGCUGGGUUGAGGUCAACAACAGGGUUCAUGCAUUUCGGGUGGGUGACCAGAGCCACCCACAAUUUGAGAGUAUGUGUACCUUGUGGAACACUUUGCUAGAUAAGAUGGAGAAGAUAGGAUAUGUACCUGACAGGAGCUGUGUGUUGCAUGAUGUGGAGGAAGAGGAUAAAGAAAUUUUCCUUUACAAUCACAGUGAAAGGUUAGCGAUAACUUUCGCUCUUCUGAAUACAGAAGCGGGGUCAACCAUCCAUAUCGUCAAAAACCUCCGUGCUUGUGUUGACUGCCACACUGCUACCAAAUUUAUCACAAAAGUCACAAAACGUAAAAUCACUGUAAGAGAUGCUACUCGUUUCCAUCAUUUUAAAGAUGGCAUCUGCUCAUGCAAGGACUACUGGUAACGGACCAGGUAUGCAAAAUUUCUUGUGGCAUAACUUGGAAAACCACAUCAUUUAACUCAAAAGCGUUGGUUCUGUCCAGGAAUCCUUAGCCAAGGGAGAAACAAGAAUUCUGAAAUUAUGAUGGACUUCAUAUUUGAAGCACCAGUAGCUUUCAGGAUGAUGAUAAAAAUACUAUCAAGAGUUCAGGGUUUUGCUGAAACUGCCUGGCUUUCCAAUGAGCAUAUAAGACAGUUUUGAUAGAAAUGAACUUGGAACCACCAAGCAGCCAACUGAAGGGUAAUAGGUUUAUACCACCUGCAUAAGAGGUUUGAUGGUUUUUGUUCUCCUCCAUUAACUCUCACUUGGGUGUAUUUUUCCAAAUGUGGGGAAGCCUAUUUGUUGGCCAUGAUAGAGUGCAGAAGGUUUUCUCCACUUCUGAGUUAAAAGCUCAAGCCGAUUGCAAGUGUUAAGCUAUGGAGUAACAAUCGGUGCAAGCGGAGGACAUCAUUGAAGUAGAUGGUUCUUCCAUGGGAAAACCAGGUGCAUCAGGAAUUGGGGAUGUUUUGAGAGAUAUUGCAGGUCACUUCAAGUGUCUUUUCUCAUGCAGCACAGCUUCACAGGGGUAGGGGACUCAAAUGAGGCUGAAGUGAGGGUCAUAAGGAAGGCAUUGGAGCUUACUACUGCUAAUGACCAAUAUAGAAAUUCACCCAUCAGUGUUGAAACUGACUUGGAUAAUGAUUUCACAUGGGAAUCCGCAGCCUCAUCAGCACCUUGGAAGUAUGACCAGCACGACGAUGCAAUUGAAAAUGCCAAGCAACGAUUCCACUACUCAACUUUCAUCACAUUCUGAGGGAGAUGACGGGUAGCUGAUGCCUUACCGAAGGUAAGAGUCGAUAGAUAUUCAGAUUAGGACAGUUAUGUUUUUUUUUUUUUUUUACAAAUUUACUUUCGUAGCCUAGCUGGUUAUCUUAUCACCAAAACUACUUCUCUCUCCGGACUUAGGGCACCCGAGGUUAAGAGUUUGAUUAUAAGCUUGCACAGCUAUUUCCAUUUCCAUUUCCAUUUCCAUGUGGUCUUUCAAAGUUUUCUCCUAUAUGUUAACCCCUUAAUGUAUUUAUUGCCUUGACAAUGUUUCCUUCAAAGAAGAAAGGAAAUAUUUGAAUAGGAGGAACUGAUACCUCAAAAUCAUGGUUACAUAUGUACUGUUAAGUUGGCCAAGGCAUUAGGAAAAGAGUAAUUGUUGUCAUUUUGGA